GGGGCACGGAGGGGACGCGGGUGGCACGGCCGGGCCGGGAGGUGACAGGGCAGAGGUCCCCGUGCCCGGGAGGUGACAGCGGCACCGGGCAGGGCAGAGCUCCCCGCGCCAAGGCGGUGACAGCGGUGCCGGGCAGAGCUCCCCGCACCCGCUGACCCCCGGGACAGGGGACACUCCGGUCCCCGCGGCGCGAGAUGGCGGAUCCCUAUACCUGUAAAGGUGGAAGGAAAACUGCAGGCUCUAACAAACCCACUGCCAGCAAAGAAAGCAGGACAGAGGCGAGGAUAAACCCACCGGCAGAGCUGCCCAAGCUGGGAAAUGCAGCCAGUGACAAAACCGAAGGCAGGAAGAAAGGAAGACCCAAGGCUGAGAACCAGGCACUUAAAGACAUCCCUCUCCCUCUGAUGAACCAGUGGAAGGACGAAUUCAAAGCCCACUCUAGGGUGAAAUGUCCCAAUUCAGGCUGCUGGCUGGAGUUCCCCAGCAUUUAUGGCUUGAAGUACCACUAUCAGCGCUGCCAAGGGGGCGCGAUCUCAGAGAAGCUGACGUACUCAUGCUCAUACUGCGAAGCUGCCUUCACCUCCAAAACCCAGCUGGAAAAGCAUCGGCUCUGGAAUCACUUGGACCGGCCAGUGCCAACCAGCAAAGCAGAAAACAAAGUGCCCAAGGCCAUUGGGAAGAGCAGUGGAAAGAAAAGACCUGCUGAGAGUUCAGCUUGCCCCACCAUCCAUCCCAAACAGGCAAAGACGGAGAAAGCCGUGGCGCAGGAGCACGCGGAGAACGGCGAGUGCCUGGCGGAGAGCCGGGAGAGCAAGGAGUUCCAGAUUGCAGCGGCCGAGGCGAUGGCAGCUGCCACCCCCACGGCCAAGUCCUCGAGUGGCAAGGACAACGGGCAGCAGCGGGGCAGCCAGGCCUCGCUGCAGGAGGAAGACCCCGAGAGGAUGAAGCACAAGUCAGGAAGGAAACAGAAAACUCCUAAGAAGUUUACGGGGGAGCAGCCAUCCAUCUCGGGGACAUUUGGACUGAAAGGUCUUGUCAAAGCAGAGGACAAAGCAAAAGCCCAUCGAGCCAAGAAGCUGGAGGGAAAUGCCAACAUAGAGGAGCUGAAGAAGAAACCUCCAGGAGUUGGUGUGAAGAAGGAAACGUCUGUGCAUCCACCAGCAGCAAACCCUGAGGACCAGUGGCAACGGGAGAUCAGCGAGAAGGGGGAAGUUUCCUGUCCAACCUGCAGUGUUAUAACCAGGAAAACUAUUGUGGGACUCAAAAAGCACAUGGAUGUCUGCCAGAAACUGCAGGAUGCCUUGAAGUGUCAGCACUGCAAAAAGCAGUUCAAGUCCAAAGCUGGGCUGAAUUACCACACCAUGGCUGAACACGUCAGCAAGCCUGUUCCUGUGGAAACCACUGGACUUGGUGAACAGGAAGAGCGGGAAAGGCUGAGGAAAGUGCUAAAGCAGAUGGGAAAACUGAAAUGCCCCAAUGAGGGUUGCGUGGCCAACUUCUCCAGCCUGAUGGGCUACCAGUACCACCAGAAGCGGUGUGGCAAGCAGCUUGCCGAGGCCGACAAGCCCGUGUUCAGCUGCCCACACUGUGGCAAGAAGUACAAAUCCAAGGCUGGCCACGACUAUCAUGUGCGGUCAGAGCACCCGGCCUCGGUGAGCCCCCCGGACGCCUCCGCAGCCCGAGGAGCGGGGCCAUCCCCCCCCGGGGGGGACUGCAGAGCUGUGGAGCCCGUGGGCAGGACAGAGCCGGGCAGGGCCGGGCCGGGCAAGCCUCCGGAGGAGCCAGAGGUGAAGCCGGAGCCUGGUCCCGUGGAGGAUUUUGAGAGGACCCCGAGCGGCCGCAUCCGUCGGACGUCGGCCCAGGUAGCCGUCUUCCACCUCCAGGAGAUAGCAGAGGAUGAGCUGGCCAGGGACUGGACCAAGCGGAGGAUGAAGGAUGACCUGGUGCCUGAAACAAAGCGGCUCAAUUAUACCCGACCAGGGCUUCCAAAGCUCAAUCCCAGGCUGCUGGAAAACUGGAAGAACGAAGUGAAGGAGAAGGGCCGCGUCAACUGUCCUAACAAUUGCUGUGAAGCCAUUUACUCCAGUGUCUCGGGGCUGAAAGCUCACCUGGCCAACUGCAACAAGGGGGACCACUCAGUGGGCAAGUACCGCUGCCUCCUGUGCCAGAAGGAGUUCAGCUCCGAGAGUGGCGUCAAGUACCACAUCAUCAAGGCUCACUCAGAGAACUGGUUCCGAACCUCCUCAGAGGCCAGCCGGAAAAAGAAAAACAGGGAACAGCUUUCUUCCAGCAAAGAGGAGAAAAAGAAAAGCACAAACGGCAAGAAGAGGGGGAGAAAACCCAAGGAGAGGCCUCCGGAAAUGUCCCCGAAAGGCAGAGAGAGCGUGGCAGCAAAGACUAAUCACAAGAAAACCCUCGAGCACUGGGAAGGCUCCCGGAGCAGCCCCGAGGGGGAUGAGCUCGUCCUCAAGCCCCCGCCGAGCCAGCGGAAGGGAGGAGCCAGCAAGAUGCCCGAGAAAUGAGCAGCUCAGAGACUCGUCUCCGAGGAUUCGUUUACAGCCCAGGGUAACAGGGUGGGGGUCUCUCCCAGUUUUAUGUCCCCUCCUCCCCAUCCCACCUCCCCUUGCCCCACCCUCCUCUCACUCUCUUUUUACAAAAAGAAAGGAAAAAAGAAAAAAAAAUAAGAGAGACAGAAAAUACCAAUUAACCACUUUAAACAAAUCACGGACCUUGUUUCACACUGGAAAACAAACAGGAUCAAGGAAGCUGGAGCGUCCUCCACCCCCUGCCCCUGUACAUAACCCUCGGUGGGGCCCCGCUGCCGCCCCCGGCCCGCGAUUCCCCUCCCCUGCGCCAACCUGGUGACGCUUGAGCGAAAGAGAAGUGCAAUAGCAGCGGGGGCCCGUGGGCUGGGCCGGGGAGCUGCCCACCCGUCCUGCAGCCUCCCAGCUCCAGGGUGGUGUUUCCAAAGAUGUUUGACCCUGUGGGGAGGAGGGGCCGGGAGCUGGCAGCGCUUCGUGUCCCUGCAGCCGCGGGUGGAGGGGGAACGUGUUCGGCAGGGAGCGGCUGUGAGGAGAGUCAGCCUGGCAGGGUUUGUCUGCGUGGUGCGAGGCACAGGAGGGAGCGGGGAGCGUGACACACGCUGGGUGUGGGAGGUGUGAGCAGGAGAAGGGGUGCUCUGGGACUGGUCAGGCUGGAGGGUUUGAUGGAAAGUUGUGGGAAUGCUGUGGGCACCGUGGAGAGUGGCAGUGCGGCCAUGGAGGGGGUGCAGUGAGGGAGCUGUGCCUUGGUGCUCGGGUUGUGUUUGCCGGGCCUGGCGUGCUGUGAAGGCAGAGACAUGAUGCCAGUGCCAGGGUCAGGGGGAGAUGGCAGCCAAGGAGCUGUCCCCUGGCCUGGGGGCAUCCAAGGGUGCUUCAGGGUCCUGCUGUGCUCCAUCCCGAAGGUGCUGAUCACCCAGGAGGGAGGAAUGGAGCCUCGGUUCCCCAGCUGUGGCCACAGGAGGUGUGUAACAGGGACAGGGGCAGCAUCGAGAGACAAUCAUGGAUCCUGCUGUAGGAUGAGCCCAGCUGCUGCCCAGGCACCUCACAUUCCCCUUGUCCUUUCAGGCUGGGACCCACCAUAAGAGAGUCUCUGCUUCCAAAGAUGCAUCUGAGCCCCUGACCACCCACCUUGGGGUGGCAGGUCCCUGUGGUGCCACCCCUGCUCGUGCUCUUCCCCGGAGCUCUUCGUUGCUCCUGUGCUGACAUUGUCAUCACACCUCGCUCCAGCCCGGGGGAGCCAUCCCUGGGCCAGGGUGUGCCCGUCUCCAGACAAAACCUGGCUACCUCGGUCCCUGGGAAACAGGCACGUUUGCUCUCAGUAACACAACAGAAAACCUUAAUUCGAUUUUUUCCCCUAUGCAGAGCCAGGAAAGAGGCAUCAGAGGGAGCUUCUGCUUUUGCUUUAAUCAAUUCAAACCUCAGUCCUUGCUUUCCUUUACUGCUCCUUGUUGCCCGGCAGAGGCUCCAUAUCAUUCCCUGCAGUAGCAGCUUAGUAAUAAUUAAAGUCCUCCAUGGGAGGUUAUUCCAGCCAGGGAGGGGGGACAGUGGUGGCUGAAGCCAGGGUGGCUUCUCAGGGAGCAGGGCUCCUGCUCUGUCCAUGGCCCCAGCACCUGGAUCCACCAUCUGCACCAUCUGCCCAGCGAGCUGUGGCUGAGGGAACUGCCUGAGCAUUGCUGGCUGCGCUGGGCCUCGAGGCAAUUAGUGAGAAAGCUUAAUUAGUCACUGCAGCUCUGCCUAGUCACUGCUUGCACUUCAUCAGAUCUGUGUUUGGAUGGUGUCACUGGGGUAGAUCCUGCCUCCCAGGGGAAGGGGAAGAGCUUUGGGAGCUGUAGGACAGCUUGGAACAGCUCACAGGCAGCAGCAGGAAGGGGAGUGCUGGCAGAGCUGUGGGCCUGGCACUGAAAUCUCUGUGAGGGUGCAGAGGGAGCCUGUGGAUCCCAAAAUCAUAUCCUGCCACAGAGGAAAGUCCCCAGGAAAGCUCCAUGCCCUGGCCUAGGGAAGGGAAAUGUGGGUAGCCUGGGCUGCUGGCUUGGAUAGUCACCACACAAUCCUCACUGUCUCCCCUUGGGCAUGGCCUGGGACUCUCUUCUCAUUACAUGCAAUUAAUUGGCUUCUCAUUGAUUAAAUUAACAGGCAGCACUGUGCUCCACAGGGGGGGAGGCCUGGGAGCUGCUCAGGAUGGGGUAGACAUGGGAAAGGGCUGGCUCAGGGCGUCAUCAUGGGGUCCAGAUCAAAACUCACUUCUGCUUCCAUAAUGAGAGUGUCUGGCAGGAGCAGGGACAGCUGCAGUGGCCUCACAGAGCAACACCAGCCUGGAGCAGACCCCAGGGACUGUCUGGGCUCUCAGGGCAGGCAGUGGUCCUGGUGCUGGGGCUGUCCCUGUCACCCUCAGAGCACUCACAGCCCCAGUGAGGGCAGCACCAUGGUCAGGCAGGAAUUUCAAUGAGAAAGUGGAAUCUUCAGGGGUUUUUCCCCCCCCAAAAAAAGUGUUUUCCCCACUAGUCAUCACUCAGAGAGGAACAUGUUCCCCCCCACCAUGCCCUUCUCCAUGAGACCUCCUUUACUCUCCUGCUUGUCCAGGGAAGGUUCCAGAGCAGUGCUGGGAUCACCAGCACCUGCCAGUGCCAUGACAGGUGAGCAGGGGGGCCGAGUGACACCAUAGUGGCAUUGCUGGGGGGCAGUAUAUUGUGCCCCUUCAGGUGCUCCCAGCGAGGCAGUGCCAGAGGGGAAACCACCUUGAUCCAGAGGGAUAGGCAGAGGCUGCAGGACCAGAUGGGGGACGAGGCGUCCUGUCCCAUUCCAUCCCAUCACCGGUGGGAUUUGGGGAUUUUGUCACCCCAGGCGCAGUGACACUGUGGUCCCGCACCUCCACUCUUGAGGAAACCACCAUCCCAUCACCCAUGUCUCCAAGGAAAGGGCUAAACCUCCAUGGGAGCAGGCAUGGACUGCAAGCCUGUGGGAAGACCUCAUGGAAAGUUUGGAUUGCAGGGAACUGGGGAACCCUUGGCACCAACACCACGCCCUGGUGAGGUUGGCUGUGUCACACCAGCUCCAGCCACGGUGGAUGGAGCUGCCCGGGCCUGGAGCAUCUCUCUCCCCCAGGAACCCUGGGAAUAUUUUGUUCUUUUCUUUCUCUCCUCGUGACACCCAUCCCACGGCAUAUCCGAAUGUUUCUCGUCGAUGCCAGUUAUUAGUGCAUAAGUGUAUUUUGGGGAAAAAAUUAAAACAGAAAAAAAAGGAAAAAAAAUUUUCAAUUUAUCACUUGUAACCAUAUAUAUAAAUAUAUAAAUAUAUAUAUUAAAAAGUGUUUAUUUGCAAAAAAUAAAAUUGUUUUAACGGUAAACUAUCUUAUAAUAAACUCCCGAUUUGUGAUGAUCUGUUCUUUUGUUAAUCAUUGACAAAUCCUCAAUUGGAGAGUACUGUCCGAGCAGCUCCGAGCAGCGCCGAGGCGCUCCCUGUACUGUAUGUAUGAAACAGCUGUAUCGAAU